GGAAAUUUCCUCAACCUCAUCUCAUCCACCUUCUCUUCGUAGAGCUCUCAACCACCCUGUUUCAUGGUUGCAUCCUUCAUUUUCCUCCUCAGCUCCCUUUGAGUUUUCUUGUUCAUAAUCUCCUCCAUUUUCGUUCCCGGUUCCCAAUAUUCUGAGAAGAAAUGGCAGCGAACGGAGAAAUCAAGGUUGGCUCGGCGGCGGGACGGAACGGGCUGCCGAAGAUCCAGACGGCGCGGCCGAACGGAAUAUGUCAGGACGACAGCGGGCCGACGGUGAAGGCCCAGACCAUCGACGAGCUUCACUCGCUUCAGAAGAAGAAGUCGGCCCCCAACACUCCUAUCAAAGGGGCCCAAGCCGCUUUUGCCACCAUGUGUGAAGAAGACCGUCAGAAACAGCAGCUCCAAUCCAUCAGUGCCUCAUUGGCAUCUCUGACUCGGGAAACCGGGCCCAAGGUGGUGAAAGGAGACCCGGCAAGGAAGUCCGAAACACCAAGGCAGGUCUCACACGUGUCGCACCACCACUAUUUCACUCCUACUAUUGACGUCAGUGACAGCGCCCUCAAGUUCACCCACGUCCUCUACAAUCUCUCACCCGCAGAGCUAUACGAGCAGGCAAUAAAGAACGAGCAUGGAUCGUUCAUUACGUCAGGCGGGGCAUUGGCUACACUUUCUGGAGCAAAGACUGGGAGGUCCCCAAAGGACAAACGCGUCGUCAGAGACGAGACUACCGAGGAUGACCUUUGGUGGGGAAAGGGUUCACCAAACAUUGAAAUGGACGAGCACACUUUCAUGGUGAAUAGAGAAAGGGCUGUCGAUUACUUGAACUCUCUGGACAAGGUAUUCGUGAACGAUCAAUUCCUGAACUGGGACCCCAACAACCAAAUCAAAGUCCGAAUUGUCUCAGCCAGAGCUUACCAUUCCUUGUUCAUGCACAACAUGUGUAUCCGACCUACACCUGAAGAGCUGGAGAAUUUCGGUACUCCGGACUUCACCAUAUACAAUGCUGGGCAAUUCCCGUGUAAUCGUUACACCCACUACAUGACAUCAUCUACUAGUGUAGAUUUAAACCUUGGUAGGAGGGAAAUGGUGAUCCUCGGCACUCAGUACGCCGGGGAGAUGAAGAAAGGUCUAUUCAGUGUAAUGCACUAUCUCAUGCCUAAGCGCCAAAUCCUCUCUCUACACUCCGGCUGCAAUAUGGGCAGAGAUGGAGAUGUCGCCCUCUUCUUUGGACUCUCAGGUACCGGAAAGACGACUCUUUCUACUGAUCACAAUAGGUUUUUAAUUGGAGACGAUGAACACUGUUGGGGAGAGGAUGGUGUGUCGAAUAUAGAAGGAGGUUGCUAUGCCAAGUGCAUUGAUCUCUCAAAAGAGAAGGAGCCUGAUAUCUGGAACGCAAUCAAGUUUGGAACUGUCUUGGAAAAUGUGGUGUUCGAUGAGCAUACCCGAGAAGUGGAUUAUACAGAAAAAACAGUAACAGAGAACACUCGUGCAGCCUAUCCCAUUGAGUACAUUCCCAAUGCAAAGAUACCUUGCGUUGGUCCACACCCAAAGAAUGUCAUACUUCUAGCAUGUGAUGCGUUUGGUGUGCUUCCUCCAGUGAGCAAGCUGAACCUAGCACAGACCAUGUAUCAUUUUAUAAGCGGCUACACUGCUCUGGUUGCUGGCACUGAAGACGGCAUAAAGGAGCCGCAGGCAACAUUCUCAGCCUGCUUUGGUGCAGCAUUUAUCAUGUUGCAUCCAACCAAGUAUGCUGCCAUGCUGGCUGCAAAGAUGCAGAAACAUGGUGCCACCGGGUGGCUUGUCAACACCGGUUGGUCAGGUGGAAGCUAUGGAUCUGGGAGUCGUAUCAAGUUAGCAUAUACCAGGAAAAUCAUCGACGCCAUACAUUCUGGAAGCCUUCUCAAUGCAAAUUAUAGAAAGACGGAGGUGUUUGGACUUGAGAUCCCAAUUGAGGUUGAGGGCGUGCCUUCAGAAAUCCUGGAUCCAGUGAACACGUGGUCGAAUAAGAAGGCUUACAAGGAAACACUGCUGAAGCUGGCUGGCCUGUUCAAGAACAACUUUGAGGUGUUUGUGAACCACAAGAUUGGCAAGGAUGACAAGCUGACUGAGGAAAUCCUAGGAGCCGGACCUGUUUUCUGAUCUGCCAUGAAAAGGGAAGAAGGCAAAGCUCUCAGUAAGAGUUGCAAUAUGGAUGGAAAUAAGAUAUGAAAUGUACCUGUCAUAAGUUGUAGUGUUUGCUUGAAAUCAACUCAUGAACUUAUGGACCGUAGUGUUUCUUCUGUACGAGAGUGGGUCCAUAAGAUAACUGAAACCUUUAUAAUAUAUAUUAUGAUGUUUCUUCA